AUGUCGGAUCUACUGGCGUUUGUGAUCACAGCCAAAGACAUUCUUGGUGGUAAAUCAGGUGUGGUUUGUCUUUCUUUUGCAGAGCUGCAGGCGACCAAGACCUCUCAGUUCUAUGCUCUCUCCCACCACCCCUUAGACUACAGGAUAUUAAUGAUGGAUGAAGAUCAGGACCGAAUCUACGUGGGCAGCAAAGAUCACAUUCUCUCUUUGAAUAUUAAUAAUAUAAGCCAGGAACCUCUCAGCAUUUUCUGGCCAGCAUCAGCAAACAGAGUCGAUGAAUGCAAAAUGGCUGGCAAGGAUCCUGCUCAUGGCUGUGGUAAUUUUGUGCGUGUGAUCCAGACCUUCAACCGCACUCACCUAUAUGUUUGUGGGAGUGGAGCAUUCAGCCCUGUGUGUGCCUAUCUCAACAGAGGGCGAAGGUCUGAGGAGCAAGUUUUCAAAAUUGAUUCCAAAUGUGAAUCUGGGAAGGGACGUUGCUCUUUCAACCCAAACGUGAACACCGUCUCUGUUAUGAUCAAUGAAGAGCUAUUUUCAGGAAUGUAUAUCGAUUUCAUGGGGACUGAUGCUGCUAUUUUUCGUAGUUUAACCAGGCGGAAUGCAGUGAGAACUGACCAGCACAACUCCAAAUGGCUAAGUGAGCCAAUUUUUGUAGAUGCUCAUCUCAUCCCAGAUGGUACCGACCCCAACGACGCUAAAGUGUACUUCUUCUUCAAAGAAAAACUAACAGACAACAGUGGCAGCACUAAGCAGAUUCAUUCAAUGAUUGCUAGAAUAUGCCCUAAUGACACAGGUGGACAGCGUAGCCUUGUGAACAAGUGGACAACUUAUUUGAAGGCAAGACUUGUGUGUUCAGUAAUGGAUGAUGAUGGGACAGAAACCUACUUUGAUGAAUUAGAGGAUGUAUUCCUACUAGAAACAGAUAACCCUAGAACAACAAUGAUCUAUGGCAUUUUCACAACAUCCAGUUCUGUGUUUAAAGGCUCAGCAGUGUGUGUGUAUCACUUAUCAGACAUCCAGAGAGUAUUUAAUGGACCAUUUGCACACAAGGAAGGCCCAAAUCACCAGCUGAUCCCCUAUCAGGGAAGAAUUCCUUACCCACGACCUGGAACU